UGCUACCUCCCAAGCCCUGAACCAGACCGCAUUGCUGACUGCUGCCCCAGCUGAGUAGACCACUGUGUUUUAGGAUUUCUGCUGGCUGCAGGCUGCGUGGGACGCACCCGGGGAGACCCUCCAGACACACAAUGGAAGCAGUGAUCUUUGAGGAUGUGGUUGUGAACUUCACCUUGGAGGAGUGGGCUUUGCUAAAUCCAUCCCAAAAGAAGCUCUACAGAGAUGUGAUGGGGGAAACCUUUAGGAACAUGGCUGCUAUAGAAAGAGCCUGGGAUGAUAACCAGGAACUUGAAGAGGAGUACAAAACUUACUGGAGAAAUCUAAGAAAUACAUCCUGGAAUCAAUAUAAGGAAAUACUCCUUCAGACUCCAGAUGCUGAUGUCGUCAUGAAACUCGCUGGCUUAAAGCCAGCUGAGAGCCUUACUUACAGAAAGCCCCUGAUUGGGCCUUUGUUCCUCAAUGGGCCCAUCAUAGCUCACACUGCCCUGAAGCCAUGUGAGUAUCUGGGAUCUGAAGAGCUGUGUAAUUGUAAUGAGCCUGGAAGAACCUGCAGUGAUUUCCAGUCCUUUCAGAAGCAUGCAAGGGCAAAGGCUAGAGGGAAAUCCUAUGAAUGUGGUCAGUGUGGAAAGUCCUGUUCUGACCUUAGUGAAAGAACUCACCUUAGAGAGAAGACCUUUGUGUGUAAGGAAAAAUUGAAAGCCUCCAGUACACCCAGUGAUGUUCAGAUCCAUGAAAGAAAUCACAGUAGGGAGAGGUGCUACGUAUGUAAGCAAUGUGGGAAAGCCUUCAUGAGACGCAGUACCUGUAAAAUACAUGAAAGAAUUCAUAUAGGGAAGAAACCUUAUGUAUGUAAUCAGUGUGGGAAAGCUUUUACUACACAGAGUUAUUGUAAAGCACAUGAAAGAAGACACACUGGGGAGAAGCCCUAUGUGUGUAAGCACUGUGGGAAAGCUUUCAGCACACGUGGAUAUUGUGAAAUACAUGAAAGAAUUCACACAGGGGACAGACCCUUUGUAUGUAAGCAGUGUGGGAAAGCUUUCACAACACGUGGAUAUUGUGAAAUACAUGAAAGAAUUCACACGGGGGAGAAACCCUAUGUAUGUAAGCAGUGUGGGAAAGCAUUCAGUGCACAGUCUUAUUGCAACAUACAUGAAAGAAUUCACAGUGGAGAGAAGCCCUAUGUAUGUAAACAAUGUGGGAAAGCUUUCAGCAGGCGUAGAACAUGUACCAUGCAUGAAAGAAAUCACACUGGAGAGAAACCCUAUGUAUGUAAGCAAUGUGGGAAAGCUUUCAACACCCGCUGUGCUUUUCAAACACAUGAAAGACGUCACACUGGGGAGAAACCUUAUGUCUGUAAGCAAUGUGGGAAAGCUUUUAGCACACAGAUUCAUUGUCAAAGACAUGAACAAAUUCACAGUGGGGAGAAACCCUAUGUAUGUAAGCAGUGUGGGAAAGGUUUCACCACACGUGGUGCUUGUCAAAGACAUGAAAGAACUCACACUGGUGAAAAACCCUAUGUAUGUAAUCAAUGUGGAAAAGCUUUCAGUUCAAAGGGUUACUGUAAAAUACAUGAAGGAACUCACACUGGGGAGAAACCCUAUGUAUGUAAGCAAUGUGGGAAAGCUUUCAGCACACACUUUUAUCGUGAAAGGCAUGAAAGAACUCAUACUGGAGAGAAACCCUAUGUAUGUAAGCAAUGUGGGAAAGCUUUUAGCACAAACUCCAGACUUACUGAACACCAGAGGGUUCAUACUGGAGAAAAGCCCUACAAGUGUAAAGAAUGUGGCAGAGCCUUUCGUCUCUGCUCAAAUUUUAUUGAACACCAGAGAAUACACACAGGAGAGAAACCAUAUAAGUGUGAAGAAUGUGGCAAGGCCUUUAGAGUGUCCUCACACCUCACUCGACACCAGAGAAUUCACACUGGAGAAAAGCCCUACAAGUGUAAAGAGUGUGGCAAAGCCUUUGUUGAAAGCUCAAGCCUUACUCAACACCAGAGAAUUUAUACUGGUGAGAAGCCCUAUAAAUGUGCAGAAUGUGGCAACGCCUUUGGUCGGAGAUCCAUAUUUAUUAAACACCAGAGAGUUCAUACUGGUGAGAAACCCUACAGAUGUGAAGAAUGUGGCAAAGCUUUUGAUCAGAGAUCCAGACUUACUCAACACCAGAGAGUUCAUACUGGUGAGAAACCCUACAAGUGUGCAGAAUGUGGCAAAGCCUUUGUUGGAAGCUCAAGCCUUACUGAUCAUCAGAGAGUUCACACUGGCGAGAAACCCUACAAAUGUGCAGAAUGUGGCAAAGCCUUUGAUCGGAGGUCUAGGCUUAUUCAACAUGAGAGACUCCAUACUGGCGAGAGACCGUACAAGUGUGAGAAAUGCGACAAAGCCUUUGUUGGAAGCUCAAGCCUUACGCAGCACCAAAGAACUCAUACUGGGGGGAAACCCUACAGAUGUGAAGAGUGUGGGAAAACCUUUGAUCGAACCUCCAGACUUCUUCAACAUCAGAGAGUUCACACUGGGGAGAAACCCUACAGAUGUGCAGAAUGUGGCAAAACUUUUGACCAAAACUCAAGCCUUACUCAACACCACAGAGUUCACACUGGCAGAAAACCCUACACAUGUGCAGAAUGUGGCAAAGCCUUUGAUCGAAGAUCUAGGCUUAUUCAACACCAGAGAGUUCAUACUGGUGAGAAACCCUACAAAUGCACAGAAUGUGGCAAAGCUUUUAAUCAAAGGUCAAGCCUUGCUCAACACCAGAGAGUUCAUACCAGGAAGGGAUCCUACAAAUGGGAAGAAUGUGGGAAAGUCUCUGAUCAAAGCUCCAGGCUUCUUCAGCCACAGUUUUCAUACUGGUGAGAAGCUACAAAUAUAGAAAGUGGCAAAGCCUUUGUUGGAAACUUCUGUUCAGAGUAGAAGGACACCUUGAACUUGAGGUCUCCUCUAAGAAGUUGUCCAGCCACUGACCUCUCAUUCUACUUGUUGGAUUUUAAAUUUCUUUUCUUUUCUUUUCUUUUUUUUGUUGUUGUUUUUUGUUUUUUUGGUUGGU